AAGACACCCAACAAAGCAUAUAUACUCGAACACGUACUCUUAAGAGGAAUAGCAGCGAAGAUCGAUGCAGACUGCUAAGGUGAAGGUGAAGGACAUGGUGAGCUCGGCCAAGGAGAAGGUGAACGAGGGCACGGCCAAGGCGCAGGGCAAGACGGGCAAGGCCACCGCGACGACGCACGGUGAGAAGGAGAUGGCCAAGGAAGAGACGCGCGCCAACAAGGCCCAGGCCAAGGCGCAGAAGCACCAGGAGAAGGCCGAGCACCGCGCCGAGGCCGCCGCUGCACACCACGGCACGCGCGUGCCCCUCACCGGCCCGCACGGCAACCACACGCCCGUCGCUGCCGAUCCAGCCUACCCGGGCACCGGCGCGUACCCGGCUGCCAACUACAACAAGUAUAUCUAGAGAGUGAUCGGACAGAAGAUAUCAGGACGAUCUAGCGCUAGUGUUUUUUCUACUACUAGUAGUAGUUCGUAGCCAGUAAUCUUACCCGUCGAUCGGAGCACGAGUGUAUGCUGUGUGCAGGAAUAAAACGUACUCCCCAUCUGUUGUACUAAAAUGAAUGCACAUGCUUUAUGCACAGGCAAGGUCCUCAACAGGCCGGUGCAUGAUUUGCUCACAAUGUUUUUUUUUAAA